GUACAUCGUAUUAAGGAGAUCAUAUGGCUUUCCUGUUCUGGCAAACAUCUUCCUUCCCCUUACGUCUCAUUUCCCACAAAUCAACGUCACAACAGUAACACAUACAACAUGGAGUUCCAAAAGGACCAAAAGCAGAAGGAUUUAUAUUAUACCUCACGUCAUUGCCAAGCUCGGAAGCUCCCUACCUUUGUUUUGCUCCAUUCAGGGCUCUCUCUAUCUCUCUCUAAAGCUUGAGUUCGUUGAAGUACUCUGUUUUUUAACAGAGACGCCAUGGCGACUGGAGUUUGGAUUACUUCAAGCGCAUCAACGCACUGUUUCAAACAAAAAACUUACCAGAUUCCGACACCCAUUUCUAAUUCAAUCUCCUACUCGCAAAAAAUAUGUGGAAUUUCUUCUACCUUUAGGAAAAUCAAGACCUUGGGAGUAUGCUUGGUCAUGGAGAAGAAAACAGAGGAUGUUAUCCAAGCUGACGAAGAAAUUAAAUCCGCUGAUGGUAUAAAGAAUCAGAUCACAGGCGCCUCACGUGCGGCAGAGAGAUCAGCAAGGAAAAGAUUGGAAAGAUAUACUUACCUUGUCGCUGCAAUCAUGUCCAGUCUCGGAGUCACUUCCAUGGCCGCCAUAUCUGUUUAUUACAGGUUUUCUUGGCAAAUGGAGGGUGGAGAAUUUCCACUUCUAGAAAUGUUCUGCACAUUUGCUCUCUCUGUUGGCGCUGCUGUGGGAAUGGAGUUCUGGGCUAGGUGGGCUCACAGGGCGCUCUGGCACGCUUCAUUGUGGAAUAUGCACGAGUCACAUCAUCGACCCAGAAAGGGUCCCUUUGAGGUCAACGAUGUUUUCGCCAUCAUCAACGCCAUCCCAGCCGUUGCUCUUCUUGCUUAUGGGUUCUCUAAUAAGGGUAUGAUUCCAGGACUCUGCUUCGGUGCCGGUCUCGGAAUCACAGUGUUUGGGAUGGCCUACAUGUUUGUGCAUGAUGGACUCGUCCACCGUCGAUUUCCAGUAGGGCCCAUCGCAAAUGUCCCUUAUUUACGAAGAGUUGCUGCAGCUCACCAACUUCAUCACUAUGAUAUAUUUGGUGGGGUGCCAUAUGGGUUGUUCUUGGGCCCAAAGGAAGUAGAAGAAGUUGGGGGAAUGGAAGAGUUGGAGAAUGAAAUCCAACGAAGGAUCAAGCAAUCCAAAGGCUCUUAUGAUAGUCAACUAUAGAAAUGGGUUGGUCUUAUUUUAUCAUUUGGUAAACAAAAGGCAUUCUUACAGAUUCAUUUGUAUAAUACCACCUUGGGUGUGUGAAAAAUGACUUCUAUGGAAAAGCACUUUCCAAUUU